UUGAAGUUCUUCCGUCUAACAGUUGAAGCAGAGUUUCUUCGAGCAUCAAUGGCGGAUAACCUGUUUUUGGGCCUACCACCUCCCUCUGCAAAGCAACACACUCCUCCUGUUCCCCCUUCAGUCGCAGACCAACAAGCUUCUAACGCUAAAAAGAGGGGAUCGUCUCCAGCUCCAGCUCCCAUGCUCAAGAGCGCUCUUAAGCGAGAGAAACCUCCAGCAACGCAAACUGAAGCAACUGAAACACCUCAGAAACGUUUGAGGUUCAAAACAACCGUGGAUGCGUCUGAAACACAAGUUAUAGAAGCGAUGGAGAGGAUAUCAGCGCACAUUAAGAAUCCCACCAAGUUCAGCAAGGCAUCGAAACUUGCCAUCCAACUUAUUCAGGCUGGUAGUGUUAAGCCCGGAACUAGUGAUCACUUCUUUGCCAUACUAGAAGCUGCAAUGUCUUCACCACCUGCUUGCACAGAUCCUUCUGUUCGAGCAGAUUAUCAUGCCCUGUUCUCAGCAGUUCAAAACAUUACUGAGUGCCUCGGUAAGAAGCAGAGAAACCAGUUAACAGCAUGGACACUUAGGGCGGUGGUGGGAAAUGAUCUUUACACAGAUGACAGCUUUGUGUUCUCAAAAGCAGCUGGGAAAAUAAAAGAAGCCAUAUCAAAUCUUCCUGUUGCAACCAAUGAUGAUGACAAAGAGGAGGCUGCAGCCCUGAAAGAGGAGAGAGAAGUUGCAGAUACAGAUCAACAAGAGCAGGAGGACAAGUCAUCUCCCUCAUCUGAAGCACAUCUUAAAACAGAGUUUGAUCCUUUUAGACUGGAUGCCCUGCUUCGUAGCACAUCAAAGAAAGAUGAGAAAGUCAAGGGAAAGAAAGAAGCAGCAGCUAUGAGUAAGAAAGCAGAAGAAAAUGAGUCGAAGAGAUUUCUCAAGUCACAGAGAGAAGCUUUAAUUCUCUGUUUAGAGAUUGCUGCAAGACGUUACAAAAUUCCAUGGUGCCAAACUGUCAUAGACAUUCUAGUUAAAUAUGCCUUUGAUAAUGUAGAGAGGUUCACAUCUCAACAAAGAGAUGCGAUUGGGAAACUUUGGACAUCUAUUCGAGAACAGCAUACACGCAGGAAACAAGGGAAAUCAGUGACUGGAAAACUGGAUAUGAAUGCUUUUGAAUUUCUACAGCAGAAAUAUGCUAAUGAGAAGAUUAGCAUUCGGCAUGCUGUUGGCGGAGGGGGCGACCGUCGUGCACAACAGUGGCUGGGUUGAUGACCUUUAUUCUUUUCCUACUUUUGUAUCAAAGCAUUGAUGGUAUUAGCAGACCAGGAAAGAAAAAAUGAAGUAAAUUAUUAGGUUCUAUAAC